AUGAAUGCAUCCUGCGCUGAAUACCUAGAAGGUAUUGGUUUCGAACAUUGGGCCCGUGUGCAUUUCAGUGGAAAGCGUUACGACGUAAUGACAAGCAACAUUGCAGAAAGUUGGAACUCUGUUCUUCGUGAAGCAAGGGAGUAUCCUAUACUAGCAUUAGUUGAGUUUAUAAUAUCAAAACUGAUGAAUUGGUUUUCGGAAAGACGUAAUGUUACCAACAAUGGAAGCGGCAGUUUCACCCCACGUGUGCUUGAGAUAAUAGCUGGAAAUUUUGAACAAAGCGGAGGAAUGCUUGCAAGCAAGAUUAAUAAUUUCAAAUAUGAAGUGAGGACCAAAGAAGGAGAAUCUUUCCACAUUUACCUUUCAGUAAAAAGUUGCAGUUGUAAUGUGUUCCAAACACUCAUGAUCUCCUGUUCACACGCCAUUUCUGCGGUAAUUAAAAGCAAAACGAGGGUGGAAACACUGGUUUCAGGAGUUUACAGUUUGGAGUGUCUUGCAACUGCUUACAAGGAUGAAAUAUUUCCAAUAAGCAACAACAUGACCGGAGAACAUCGGAACAUUGGAGCAGUUGAUAUGGAAGUCCUCCCGCCAGCGACCAAACGCCCACCAGGCCGACCACGUAAAAGCCGCAUAUUAUCAACCGGCGAAAUAAGGAUGAAAGCCCCGAGGAAGAAACAUGUUUGUAGCCGUUGUAAGGGAAGCGGCCACAACCGAGCUACAUGCAAUGUUGCCAUAUAA